AUGCUGUUGUUCAGUCGUUCAGUUGUGUCUGACUCUGUUCAGUUGUGUCCAACCCCAUGGACUGCAGCACCCCAGGCUUCCCUGUCCUUCACCAUCUCCCGGAGCUUGCUCAAACUCAUGUCCAUUGAGUCGAUGAUGCCAUCCAACCAUCUCAUUUUCCGAUGCCCCUUUCUCCACUUGGCCUCAAUCUUUCCUAGCAUCAGGGUAUUUUCCAAAGUGUCCACUCUUCUCAUCAGGUGGUCAAAGUAUUGGAGCUUCAGCUUCAGCAUCAGUCCUUUCAAUGAAUAUUCGGAAUUGAUUUCCUUGAGGAUUUGUGUGACAAAAGAGCCUGAGAUCGUUAUGGGGUCAGAAUCCUUGCUCUCAUCUCAGACACCUUUGUGA